AUGAUGACAGCCAUCCUGGAGCGUAUCAGCACCUUGUCCGUCAGCGGGCAGCAGCUCCGCCGCCUCCCCAGACUCCUGGAGGAAGGCUUCCCCAAGAUGCCCUGCACUGUCGAAGAAUCCGACGUGCCCCAGCUCUUCCGGGAGCCGUACAUCCAGACGGGGUACCGCCCCAUCGGCCAGGAGUGGCGCUACUACUUCUUCAGCCUGUUCCAGAAGCACAAUGAGGUGGUCAACGUCUGGACUCACCUGCUGGCGGCCUUGGCUGUGUUGCUGAGGUUCAAGGCCUUUGCAGAAGCAGAGGAGCUGUCCUUGGACGUCUCAUCCUUGCCUUUGUUCAUCUUCGUGCUGUCCUCCCUCACCUACCUAACCUGCAGCCUCUUGGCCCACCUACUGCAAUCCAAGUCGGAGCUGUCUCACUACACCUUCUACUUCGUGGACUAUGUCGGGGUCAGCGUCUACCAAUACGGCAGCGCCCUGGCCCAUUUCUACUACAGCGCGGACCAAGCCUGGUACGACAAGUUCUGGCUCUUCUUCCUCCCCGCGGCUGCCUUCUGCGGCUGGCUCUCUUGUGCUGGCUGCUGCUACGCCAAGUACCGGUACCGGCGCCCCUAUCCCCUCAUGAGGAAGAUGUGUCAGGUGAUCCCAGCAGGGCUGGCGUUCGUCUUGGACAUCAGCCCAGUUGCACACCGGGUGGUCAUGUGCCACUUGGGGGGCUGCGAGGAGCAGGCUGCCUGGUACCACACCUUCCAGAUACUGUUCUUUCUAAUCAGUGCUUAUUUCUUCUCCUGCCCAGUCCCCGAGAAGUAUUUCCCGGGCUCCUGUGAUAUAAUCGGCCAUGCCCAUCAGAUCUUCCACAUGUUCUUGGCCCUUUGCACGCUUUCGCAGCUGGAGGCCAUCUUCCUGGAUUACAAGAUCAGGCAGGAGAUUUUCCUGAGUAGACAUGGACCCCUCUCCAUCUACCUGUCCUGUGCCUCUUUCUUUGGCCUGGUGGCCUGUAGUGCCAUCACGGCUCACUUCCUGCAGUGCAGGAUCAAAGUGGGGCUGGCUAAAAGAGACUCCUGA